GGACAAGGGAACCGACGGAACCACUGCUUCUGAUUGGCUAACUGAUUCGGAAGCUGACAACGAUGGCGAGAGAGCACAUGCAACGGAAGACGGUAUAUCCCGCCAAAAACCGAGUCACAAAGAUACCGAACUUCGGGGGGUUGGGCAGGGGUUGUCUGUGGUAGUGCUACUACGCGAAGCUUUACGUCUCCUCGAGAGACUAUGCGAGUCUUACAGUCGCAUCAGUCCCUCUGAGCUGGUCGAGUGGAUCCGGCCCUUCCA